AAAGGAAAGUCCCCCGCAAAGAGAUUACAUUGGAGUGGAAUGGCUUCUAUUUACUGUUGUCGUGGUCCUUCGGGGUGGGGUUAUGAUAGGAAACUUAAACAUGGCGGAGAGCUGUGCGUGGUUGUUAGUGCUUGGCUCCGUUUUGCUAUGUAGUCUGUUUAAGAUGCUGCUCCCGACCCUUUCUUUGCUUGUUGCUAAAUUUCUUCAGAAAGAUGGAGAAACUGAGCUCCAAAUGAGAAUUGAAAUUGGAAAUAUGAAGCAGGAGUUGGCAACAAUUAGCAUGAUGGAUGAAUUUGCUCGAUACGCACGUCUGGAGCGCAAGAUCAACAAAAUGACUGAUAAACUGAAAACUCAUGUAAAAACAAGAACAGCGCAGUUGGCCAAGAUCAAGUGGGUGGUGAAUAUUGUUUUUUAUAUUGUUCAGGCCGCUUUAAUGAUUUCCAUGAUAUGGAAAUAUUAUUCUGAACCAGUUACUGUGCUCCCUCACAAAUGGAUUGCACCCUUGGAGCGGAUGGUGGCUUUUCCAACUGGAGUGCCAGGUGGAGUUGGAAUUACCUGCUGGCUCUUAGUCUGCAACAAAGUCGUUGCUGUGGGAUUGCAGCCAUUCACCUAAAGCCGAACGCUGGGGAAAACCACUCUUAUGUUCAGCUCUUUUUUUUACAUUUGUUGCAACAUAAUUUUGCAGUAUGCAAAAGUAGGAAUUGUACAGGAUGCAAUGACAACCUGGAUUGUUGGUGUUUUCUGCCUGUUUGAGUUUUUGUUUUUGGGUUACUUGGUUUUGUAAAGAAACAGUGAUCGUCUAUUUGUUUUGAUCACUGUUUCAUACUAAUUACAAUUUGGUAUGUUUGGCGAUUUAUUAUUUGCAUUGCAGUUUUGUACAAACUAAAAGCCUAUUGGAAGCAAAAUAAUUGAACUGGGAACUGAACUGAAAGGAAGGCUUAACGUAUUUUAGGUGAUAUCAUACACUUUAGAGACAUAAAGGGCAACUGAAAACAAAUACCAGUCUUCUGACAUCCCUUGCUUGUACACUACUACAUCAAUUGUGUCCUGGAUCCCAAGGGAGAUAUGAACUCAAGACUUUGAAAUAAGUUAUUUUAGUUUUUAUUAAGAAGAGAUUUAUUUAAUCAUUUUCAGUGACAUUUGUUUAUUGGACAUCACCAUUGAAGAAUCUACAACAUUUAUGUGCACCAACUAUCUUUCCAUUUUACCCAUCCCACGUAUUUUUUACAGGAAAGCGGUAAUGAAGGGACCAUUGGUGAACAAUAAGUCUAUUGCUAUUAGAUUCCCAUUUUCAAAAUAUGUGUAACAUUAGUAUCACACAUGUGUGCACUUAUGAGAGUCAACUCCUUGAAGAGGAGGGAAGGUUAGAGAUGGGAAAAAUUCACUCCAAUCUGCCAGAUCUUUAAUUGGUUCAAUGAUAUUUCACCCAGGCUAAGAUGGUAAAUAUUUAUCAGCAUGCAGGUCACCUACUUAACUUUUAAGAGGAAAAUGUUGUAUUUUCUAACUUUUUUUGCAGGAUCUUCCAGCGUUUUAUUUGCAUUGUUUCCUGUUCAGCUCAGUUGGGAAAUAUAACAUAAUAUAUAGACUUGGGUUUUCAAUUAAUCGGAUGAACUAUCUUAAUCACAUCAGCAGUGAGUUACCAUAUUGUUACUAGUAUCGUGUAGAGUUGACUAGUGUUUAAGCUUCUGACAGUUUAAUGCAUUGAUAAGAUGAAGCAUUAAACAGAAAUAGCUUAUAUGGUAAAAAUAGCCCAUGUAAUCAACAUCUUUGCUUAUACAUGAAUGUUAGGUGGGGCCACGCAUGUUUACGGACUUUUAGCAGAGAAGGGAAAUAUUUUUUGAGAGAAAAAAUGAGUAAGUUGAAGGAGCUUUGACUAUGGUGACAUUCUACAAACGUGUUAUCAAUUAUUGCAUUUUUUUAUUUAAUCAGCUGGAUUGGCAUUGUUUAUCCCCCAAUUGCCCUUCAGAACAUGGUGGAGGAGCCAUCUUGAACCAAUGCCAAUAUACUCAAACUACUGAUCCACUUGAAUAGAUGUUUUUGAAAACACAUGAAGCGGCAAUGAGGAGUUACCGACAAAUGAGACCAUUGCAAGUCGUUAGAAAGAGAAUAUUAUUGUAAGAUCAUUAUUUAAUAGAAGUCAAACGUUCCCUUUCAAAGUUUUUUUUCAAUUCUAUAGCUGACCAGAUGCAGUUCUAUCUGGCAAAAACCUAGAGUACAGAUUUUCUGCAGUACUUCUCAUGUAUGUGUUAGUGGGUAGGCUAGUCGUUCCAGAUUACUGGGAACUUGAGAUGCUGUUUUUCUAUGCUGCCUUCUAGUAGAAGAUCAUCGUAAAGCUCUUGUUCCCAGGACUGUCAAUGCUAUUUCUGAUUUUAUUGCUAGACAUUGUGUGUGGCUGAACACCCAGAAUGAUUUGCUUCUGUUAUUCAUCUUAGUUGGAUGAAAUCAAACUGCUCCUGAAUAGCUCCUUUCAUAUUGCACCCAGAUAAGAAUUAGGCUGCAAUUGAUAACAACUCUCACACUGAGAAGGCUUCUGAUGUACAAAGGUAGUAUUGCUAGAUCAGUCGAGAAUCUUUAGGUAAUCAUUCUUGAUGUGUAAGAAGUUUUUGUAGGGUGUAGGGUUUGAAAAAUAAAUUGGUUUAUUCAGUUAUAUUUUGUAAUAUACGUGACAUGACUUUUCAAAUCUUCAUAUACAGCAGCAAGAAAGAUGGUCACUGUUUAACCUAGCUAUGAAUCUGACUUCUAGGAAAUAUUGAUGUAAAUAUUAAUCUUUAGAAUCUAGCAAGCAUGACAACAAAACAAUGACUAAUGUCUUGAAACUUCCUUUUUCUUCUUAACCAAAUAGAGUUUCUUGCAUGUUUUAUGUGUCUUUCAAUAUCUUGUGUUUUGUUUUGGAACUGAAUGUAAUGUGUAUUCAAUUAAUCCAUUGAUAUUGAAUGCAUUCUAUCCCUGGUUACUCAAAUAUUGGUGUGCUUAAGUGACAAUUGUUUGAAAGGAAGAAGACUAUUUAUUAUCCUUUGUUAGAUACCCUUGGUGCAAUUGUUUUAUACUCUGACUACUGCAGUUUUUCCCGUCCUUGAAUUCAACCUUGAAAUAAUGUCUCAUCUGCACCUGUGGAGUUUGCAUAUGAUGUAGUGCAGAUGUCCAGGAUGCCUAGAAUGUCCAAGGGCACAGUAAUGUCCCCUUGGACUAUAUUGCCUCUGUGCAGUAUUCCACAUAGAUCAACAAACAUUGGCUUCACAAUGGUGUAAUGCAAUGGACUUGGACCAUGUAAUACUUCACAUCAAGAUGUUAUGUUUUGUUUUUUUCCUGAAGUACCGAGUUCAUGAUCUUUUGUAACCUCUCCUUGGUGAAGUUAUCUAACACUGGGGAUUUCUGAUCAGGGGCCUUUUGGUACCUUUCAGUGGCCAGCAGGUGUGUCUUCAGCAACACCAAGGAUGCACCUCGAGUGCAAGGUGAAGCUUGAAGCGAUGAAGCAGGAAAAUCUUUUAAUGCAAAAUAGAUCUUCUUUCCUGCAGCAAAAAUAUCUGAGCAUGACUUUGUGCAAACACACAAACAAACCUAGAGCUCUGUUCUGUUCACUGGUUAUCCAAUGCCUGUAAUAUCGGUCAAUAAAGAUUUUCUUGCUCCUUA